UAUGGACUGACUGAAAACACGACGGUGUGCGCCGCCUCUGUCAGAUUAACAACGGCGAAAAGUACCUUGCAACAUGUAGCAACUCCUGCAUGGAAUAUAACAGAAACUCCCAGUAGUAACACCACUUCUACUGCAUCUUCUAACAAAACAUGGACAAGGCAGAAAAAACAAGUCGACCCUGCGGCUAUUUUUUUGGCACAUAAAAGCUCUUGUAGAAGAAGCCCAGCAUUACUCCGACAAAACCAGCAAACCAACUUACCCUAUAUGGACAAUUUUGGACUGAGUUUUUGGAUGGUUGACGAAUGCCCGUCAUCUUGGAAAGAAGAGGAAAGUCGCAUCAAGUGUACUGAUGCAUCAAAUGCCAGUCUCUCAGAGGACGCCAUCUUGCAGCGGCCAGUCACCGACCCAGCUACAAUGCUCACCUUCAGAAACAAGUACUGUGCAGCGUGUAAUGGUAUCGCAAACGGCUGGGACCCGUGGGAACUUGUCGUCUUCUGCCUGGGGGAAGACGCUGGGCAUUUUGCUAAUUGCAGGUCCUCAUCUUGUGUUAUAAGAAAACUGGAAGCUGUCGGUUGCAGUGGUACGUUUGAGCCCAAACAGGAGUGGAAUGUGAAGACGUGCUUCCGGGACGUUGAGAACCCUGCGUUUGGUCCUUGUCGGUUCAGAUAUACCAAUGGAAGUCCAUAUCGUUUGCCUCGUCCACUUCCUCUGCACUCAGCCUUACGAGAUGCCUGUAUGGCGUACAACAACCCUGUUGUCAUAAGCGGCUCGGAUCAAAGUUACAAGAACGUUCACUGUAUACUUUGUUAUGUAGGUCCAGUUAAAGUCUGCGAAGAUCAGAGCUCCGCAACGUCGAAUUCGAAAUUCGAUGGCUUCUCUUUCCGCUCUCUGUUGCACGUCGGAGAUCAAGACAGAAAACAAAUGAACGACCUCAUGGAUUUGGCUAUAGAUCAGGAGCUUUGUCCCAUUGGGUAUGUUCCAGAUGACCAGGGCUGCCGCCCUAUUCUGUAUAAUUUCACGGUAUUAAAGUCAACGGUUUACUUGAAUUUUGAACCCUGCGGCUGGAUUCCAACAGCGGGGAAUGGUUGUACGAAUAUAGUCCGUGAUGGUCGAAUGAGAAAUGUACUGCAAACCGUGAAUGCGCGUAUUGUUUCCUGCAGUCCGAAACACAGCGGGGAGAACUCGUCCUUCACUUUCCUCGUUCAAACUUUGCUCAUCCUUCACGCGAGACUUGCAAACUACGAGGAAGGUCGUAACGUUUUCGACCAAGUACAAACAUGGAUGGAAAACGCUCUGCGAAAUGUGCAGUUGGAUAUUCCCGGUGGACCCGUAGGGAUACGUACAGCGUCGUUCUCUGCUUGCUCGGCGAACGCCACGAAAGACGGCUCCGUGACGCCAUUUUAUGGUGCGACCACGAUCUCAACCCCAAAGCAGAACCGAGGAAACAUUCAAGCCGGUACCAAAAGACUUUUGAUGCUAAUGGCGAUGGUGACAGCGGUUUGGGCUUUCUAGGUAUGAAAAAAGAAGCCCAUUAAAGGAUAAAUGUAGGGUUGGGCACUGAUUUGGCCUUGUGAAUAAACACUUGGAUAUUUAAAUAUAAAUUGUUGUAAUUUUUUUGUUUAGUUAAAUAAUAACGGUUAUAUCAUCUAUUUGAUUUUUUUUAUUUGCCCAGAACUUUGGCGUUUUAAAAGGUACAUACGAAUCGAGCAUCGGUGGAGCGUGGAUUUCCAGUAACGCAAGUAAACCACUUCUACUAUAGUUUCUUAUACG